AUGAUUGAUGACAGACGAAUUUAUGCGUUAUCUAUAACCAAUGCAUUACGCAAAUCUAAAUAUCUAUGUGAGGGUGAAGAGCAUGAAGAUAAUGAAAGUCUGGUUGGUAGAAUGUCUGGCGGGUCAAAUGUCGCUCUUUUAUUUUGGAAAAGUGGGGAAUGUUUUGAUGUACAUCAACAUUUCAGUUCCAAAGUCGUUACGCAAUGUUAUCUGGUUGACAACAUUAUGGGCUGA